GCCUUUUCGUUUUCUUUUUCCCCAAAUACACGACAAGAAAGCACGGGCCUCCUCUCACCCCGAUCCUUGUUUGACUGUGUAUCACACUAGUUUCUACUUUCUACCCCAAACCAAAAUCGAUUUUUCUAUAUCUCACAGAGUUAAGAGUCAGAGGAGCUCGAUAUCCCUCUUGAUAGUUCAAUCAAUCAAAUUGGUUCGAUUAGAUUAGAGAUUUAGCAGAAAAGAUGUCAGGGAAAGGCGCAAAGGGUUUGAUAAUGGGCAAAACCCUAAGCAAGGACAAGGACAAAGACAAGAAAAAGCCCGUCACUCGUUCCUCUCGAGCUGGUCUUCAGUUCCCUGUUGGUCGUAUUCACCGUCUCCUUAAGACAAGGGUCAUGGCCCAUGGAAGAGUUGGUGCAACAGCUGCUGUGUACUCUGCUGCCAUCUUGGAAUACCUGACUGCAGAAGUUUUGGAGCUGGCAGGCAAUGCAAGCAAAGAUCUGAAAGUGAAGCGUAUAACACCUAGGCAUCUUCAGCUGGCAAUUCGUGGUGAUGAAGAACUUGAUACACUCAUCAAAGGAACAAUAGCCGGUGGUGGUGUGAUUCCUCACAUUCACAAGUCACUCAUCAACAAGUCUGCAAAGGAUUGAGGUUAUAUUGGGAUCCUUAUAUUGUUAACUUUUAAAAAGUGGGAUUUCUGUGUACAUUUUGCUGACAUCUAUGGUGGAUAUUGGCCCUUUUGUAGGAUUGGCAAUUAUUGGGACCUUCCGCGGUUAUCACAGGAUAUUGAUUCUAUUUUGUCUUGGUAGUUGUUGGGGACAUUUGGCAUGGUUGUUUUGUAGUAUUUCUGUCUGAAUGUAUUUAUUUUUCUAUGAAGGUUACAUCUUGAACUUGAA